AUGUCCUUUCUUAUUUAUUUAGAAAAUGGUCAAAUAAUGCCUCAUUGCAUAGAAGACGAAGGGGUGGAAGAGAAAAAUUUAAUUAGCAAUAUAUUUUCAACAAGAAAACCCAAACAUGCAGGUGCUGGAUUAGUAUCUGGUUUAAAAUCCGUAACAAAGGGGAUAAUAGUAGGAACUAGUUUUUUAUUUAUUUCACCAUACUUGUGUGCAAAAGCAGAAGGUAUAAAUGGAUUUUUUAAAGGCGUUUUCUUUGGUAUAUUAAGUGCAAUAGUUAUCCCAGUAAUAUCAGUAGGAGUAGCUAGCUAUCAAAUAGGUCGAGGUAUAAUAAAUACGCCUGAAUCGAUAACUCAAAGGGCAUUAGGAAAAAUGUGGGAUGAUGAAAAAAGAGAAUGGUAUGACUUUUAUUAUAAUUUAGAUGAUGAAGCAAAUAAAUUAUUAAAUGAUAGUGAUGAUGAUGACAAAAAUAAUGCAAAUUCUGAUAAAAAGAGAAGCGAUGUAAAUAAUGAUGAAUAUUAUAAUAAAAACGGAAAUAUCAAAGUUAAAAAUGAUGAAUAUUAUCAAAUAUUAAAAGUCCCCAUAGAUGCUAGUCAAAAUGAAAUAAAAAGACAAUAUUAUAAAUUAGCUAAAGAGUUUCAUCCAGAUAAAUGUUCAGAUUUAAAAGCAAAAGAACAUUUUCAAAAAAUUGGUGAAGCAUAUCAAGUUUUAGGGGAUGUUGAAAGAAGAAGAAGAUAUGAUAGAGAAGGUAAAAAUGCUAUUAAUAAUAUGCAAUUUAUUGAUAGCACAUUUUUUUUUACCUUAUUAUUUGGUAGUGAAAAAUUAGAUCCUUAUAUUGGAAAACUAAGAAUGGUUAUGUAUGUAGAGUAUGAACAAUUAUAUAAAGAUGAGGAUGUCCAACGUAUAAUAUUAAAAGCACAAAAUAAAAGAGAAGUAAAAUUAGCAUUACAUUUAAGAGAUAUGAUAACUAAUUAUAUUAACGAAAGUAAUAGUGAAGAAUAUAUUAUAAAAUUUAAAAAAGAAAUCCAUGAAUUAUGUCAAACAUCAUUUGGUCAUGUCAUUUUAGAAAAUGUUGCAUGGUCAUAUGAAAAUUGCGCUAACCAAUUUUUAGGUGAUAAAUAUAGCUUAUUUGGUAUUAGUGGAAAAUAUUAUAAAAUGCAACAAAAAAAAAGAGUUAUAGGAACAGGAUUAAAAUUUGUUAGAACUUUAAUUAAAACUAGUUCACUAGCUAGCCAAAUUCAAAAAGAAAACGAUGAAGAUAUCUCUAUUGAAAAAUCAAUCAAAGCAAAUAAAAAACUUGAAGACUCAUUACCAACAGUUGUAGAAACUAUGCUAAAUAUUUGUUUGAUUGAUAUUGAUCAAACUAUAAAAGGGGUUUGUAAAAAAGUUUUUACGGAUAUGUCUGUUGAUGAAAGCGUAAGAAAAGCCAGAGCAGAAUCGCUUAUUGUUUUAGCUAAAGUUAUGAAAAAGGUUAUACAAGAAUAUGCAAAAAACAAUGAAAUAACGGAUACUAAGAAAUUAUUUGAAGAUGCCUGUAUGAGGGCGUGCCAAAAACCGGAUGAUGACUAUAAUUAG